AUAAUAUUUGGUGAAAAUUUCAAGUAUUUACAGUGAUUAGUUUUUGAAUUACAACCAUAUAAAAAAAAUCGAUUUGGUCGAAAACUGGAUUUGCGUAAAAAUUUUCGUUUUUCUGUCACUUUUUUUUUGUUUUUCUGGAUUUUUAUGAAAACUGUUGGAAAAUUUUACUUUUUACCUAUAUAAUGCACCAAAGAUAUUCAAUUAGCCAUCGGAAACCACACCCCCAAAGUUUGACAUUGAAGCAUUAUUUCGACUAGUUACGCUGUACACAGAUAUAAAAACAAUAAAAAAAACACACAUUAUUGUAAAAUCAAUACAUUCAUCACUUUGUUCAGAAUCUAAAAUAUCAAUAAGUACUAAGAAAAUAUUAUAUCAUAAUGAACGCGUUCGACGUUCGAAUUUCGCGGGAAAAAGAUUAGCCUUCUUCGAAGAUCAGUUAAGUGGUUAUUCAGUUGGCCACACCUAAGAAACAUGAUGACUGAUAAGUGAUAAUCGUGAUAUCACCUUAUCAGAAAUUUAUUAUCGCCCGCCCGUUGACCGACGCUACAUUGAGUGUAAUUCAAAAUUACCUUUUUCCAAAUCUUUAAUAUUCCUAUCUUAAAAUUCGUAGUUUUGCUGUCGCAUGUUUGUUGAAAAUCUCGUGUACAAUUAAAGCUUAAAAAGAAAAUUUUAUAAUGUCGGGUAGUGAAAGUACGUCUUCUGGCGGUGUGUUUCUGGUCUCCGUCGUCGGUCAGAUCGAAAAAGGCCACUUUUCGAACUACGACAACAUGUAUUGCAAAUACGCAUUCGUCUAUGGACCUGAUUGGGAAAUCGUCACUGGCGUUGAAGAAGGCAUAUCUCAAAUCGCUCAAAAGAGCCAAGACGAAAGGCAACAGGUCGUAUGGAAUUUCCCGUUAGACGUUUCUUUCAAGAGUACCAAUCCUCACGGGUGGCCACAACUAAUUGUUAGUGUUUAUGGAUUGGACACUUUUGGAAACGAUGUUAUAAGAGGGUAUGGAGUAUGUCACUUACCAGUAGUCAAUGGACAAUCUUCUGAGGAGAUGAUUAUGUUUGUACCUGAAUCCAGUUCGACAUUACAAAAACUGACUUCGUGGUUGACUGGUAAAAGACCAGAAUAUGUGGACGCUCGGUUAUUAGCCAGGGGCGAUGGCAGAGAAGUGACUAGAGUCAGAAGUCAAGGAUGUGUUUGGAUACAAUUCAAUGUCGUGUUCAAAGACUUUCAUCAUUAUGGCUUUGAGAAUGAUAACAACAGUUAAGCAUCUGCUAUAAUUAAUGACUGUGGAAAAAAGCUCCAAUCACCGAAAAAAAUUUCAACCAAUCUUUUCAUUUGUCUCAUGGUAUAUUCAUACAAGCACUCAAGUUGUAGCCUACCAAACAAAUAAUGCGACUGAAGCAUACAAUAGUUAGUGAUUAUUGGAAAUUAAGAUUUUUAAAAAUUUUAAUUUUUGUGAUCAAAGCAAUAUUGUUUUUAAGUACUAUCAGACCAAAUCUUUGUAUUUUUUUAAUAUCGUAGGUUAUAAUAUAAAGUAAAAAGUGUGAUUAUUUAUGUAUUCAUUUGUAUACUACUAUUUUUACAAUGGUUAAUUUACACUAUAAAUUAUAAUUACGUAUAAUAUAAAUUUAUUACAUUUAUUAAUUAUUGAA